UUCGACAAUCAGCAAGCAUUGGGAGGCAGAACUGGCCACACUCAAGGGUAAUAACGCUAAGCUCACAGCAGCCCUGCUGGAGUCCACUGCCAAUGUAAAACAAUGGAAACAACAACUUGCUGCCUAUCAGGAGGAAGCAGAACGUCUUCAUAAGCGGGUGACUGAGCUAGAGUGUGUGAGCAGUCAAGCCAAUGCAGUCCACACUCAUAAAACAGAAUUAAACCAGACAAUACAGGAGCUAGAAUCUACGCUGAAGAAAAAAGAAGAGGAAAUAGAAGGAUUGAAACAAGAAAUCGACAACGCCAGAGAGCUCCAGGCACAGAGGGAUUCUCUGACCCAGAAGUUACAGGAAGUAGAAAUUCGAAACAAAGACCUGGAAGGCCAGCUGUCUGAUCUAGAGCAACGUCUGGAGAAAAGUCAGAAUGAGCAAGAAGCAUUUCGCAAUAACUUGAAGACACUUUUAGAAAUUCUUGAUGGAAAAAUAUUUGAACUAUCAGAGUUACGAGAUAACUUGGCCAAGCUGAUAGAAUGCAGCUAAAGAAAAUGGGUUUUCAGUGCCAAUCAGUUUAAAGAUGCACUGUCUCUCUUCAUAAGACUGUGUUGGGCUCUGCAUCAAAGUUGCACAAAAUUAGAGAAUGCUCCUCUGGGAGGGAUUGUUUUAAAUUCGAGUCAUAUUUCAAUGUAAAAUUUAGAACUUACUUAGCUGUAUCUCAAUGAAGAAAAAAUACAACAAAAAAACUUGAAUUACAAAUUACCUCCUUGUACGUUAUUGGCCACAGAUAACUUGAAAGAUAUUAAAAGUAAUUGAAUGCAAUCCUUUUCUAAUUAUGAGAUGUGGAAGAACUAGCAGUGCCCCAGGUCACUUCCCCUUUUUGUGAUAGAUACAAUAUAGGUUGUCUGCUGUUUUAUUUAUUUAAGAUAUUUAAUUGCUGUUUGUGCAAGAACUUAGUGAUGACAGCCCUUUAUUUUGUUGUUCUUAAUAAUUUCUCAGGAUACUUUGCACUGUGGAAAAGCAGUGCCAUUACCAAUUUAUUCUUGCCAGGAGUGAGAGAG